AUGGAUUCAUCGGGGUUCAAAAAAUUUACAGUUCUUCUCUGGAAGAAUUUAACUUUAAAGAGGCGGCAGUAUAUUGCUUUAGUUGUAGAAAUGGUCCUAAUGUUUAUAUUUGGUGCUACACUUUUGGCAACGCGCUACCUUACCGUCAUCAAGAAGUCUGGACCUUUCGAUUACGCUGCUCAACCAGUGGAUGAUGUGCCUUUAUUCAUCAGAGACCCCAUCACUUUUCCUUAUCCUUGGGAACUGGUGUAUGUGCCUUCCAAAAGUAUUGUAGUACAGGAUAUUGUUGAAAAUGUGAAAAGGGAUUUAAACACCAAUAUGAAAGUUAUAGGCUUUUCUUCAGAAAGAGAUUUUGAGGAUUAUGUUAAACAAAAGAAUAACUCUAAAAAAGUUCUGGCUGCUAUUGUCUUUGAUCACCAUUUCAAAAAUAGCAACGAUCCUCUGCCACUUAAGGUAAAAUAUUAUCUGCGUUUUAGUAAUUUUCAGAAGAACAACAAGCUUGGGGAAUUUCUUGAAGAGAGAAGCUGGUCGACAAAUUUUCUCUAUCCACCUCUUCCUACCGUGGGACCCAGAAACCCAGAAGAUGCAAAUGGGGGGAGCCCUGGGUACAUCAGUGAAGGGUUCCUGGUUGUGCAACAUGCCUUGGAUAAGGCCGUCAUGCUCUAUCAUAGCGGCACCACUGCACGAACGCUGUUUGAUGGUGUCAGCAUUUUUGUUCAGAGAUUUCCAUACCCAUUAUAUUACCAUGACUUCUUCUUUUUGUUUUCUGGGAUUUUCAUCCCUUUAGUAAUUGUAUGUAUCUUCUCUAUGAAUCAUCUCACUCUCGUUCAAUCCAUUGUGUGGGAAAAAGAAAACAAAUUGAAGGAGUACCAGCUCAUGAUAGGACUCAGUAAUUGGAUGCUCUGGGCUGCUUAUUUCUUCACAUUCCUCUUUUUGUAUUCUAUUAUCAUCAUUAUUAUGUGCAUAAUUUUCUUUAUCAAGAUUAAACCUGCACCAGCCCUCCAGUACUGUGACCCAACUCUCGUCUUCACCUUUUUGCUGUUUUAUGCCAUUGCUACAAUAUUCUUCAGCUUUAUGGUUAGCACAUUGUUCAAUAAAGUCAGUUUUGCUGUUGCUUUGGGAGGUUUGUUUUUUUAUAUCACCUACAUUCCAGCUACUGGCCUUACUUUCUAUUAUGCACGGAUGACACUCAUCCAAAAACUGGCUGCCUGUCUCAACUCAAAUUUUGCGAUGGCACUGGGAGUCAAAUUUCUAGUUGAUGCGGAAAGAGAGAGAACUGGAAUUAGAUGGAGUGACAUCUUAUCAACCAAACUGGACAGCUUUAUGUUUGCCUAUCUACUGGGAAUGUUUUUAUUUGAUGCUUUUGUGUAUGGCCUUGUGACCUGCUAUAUAGAAGCUGUCUUUGGAGGAAAUUAUGGUGUGCCAAAGCCAUGGAACUUUUUCUUGCAGCGUUCUCACCGGUUUCAGGAACCACCUGUGGAAAAAACUGAAAUAAGCCCAUUUCAUGAGACAAUUCAAAGCAAGUAUUUUGAAGGUGAACCUACUGAUUUGGUAGCAGGCAUCCAGAUCAAACAUUUGUACAAGACAUUCCGGCAGAAGAACACUAUGAAAAUAGCUGUAAAGGACUUGUCUUUGAAUUUGUAUAAGGGGCAGAUCACUGUCCUUCUAGGACAUAAUGGAGCAGGAAAAUCCACUACUCUAUCAAUUCUUUCAGGUUUCUAUCCUCCCACCAGUGGAAAGGCCUAUAUUAAUGGAUAUGACAUCUCAAAGCAGAUGGUCCAGAUCAGGAAAUCCCUGGGCUUGUGUCCACAGCAGAACCUGUUGUUUAAGCACUUGACAGUAUCGGAACACCUUUACUUCUAUUCUGUGAUGAAAGGAGUACAUAAACAGAUGAGUCCUGUGGAAACUGACCCCAUGUUGUCUGCUUUUAAUCUGCUGGAAAAGCGGGAUGCAUUCUCACAGUCACUGAGUGGAGGAAUGAAGCGCAAGCUGUCCAUCAUUAUAGCACUUAUGGGGGGCUCCAAGGUGGUGAUACUUGAUGAGCCAACAUCUGGAAUGGACCCAGCCUCAAGGAGGGCCACCUGGGAUCUCCUUCAGCAAUAUAAAGAGGAUCGUACCAUCUUACUGACCACCCACUACAUGGAUGAAGCUGAUGUCCUGGGUGACCGCAUUGCCAUCAUGGUCAAUGGAUCCCUGCAGUGCUGUGGCUCUUCAAUUUUCCUGAAAAAGAUAUAUGGUGCCGGAUACCAUAUAGUCAUGGUGAAGGAGCGUCACUGUAAUGUGGAAGUAAUAUCAAAAUUAAUUCAUUAUUACAUACCAACAGCCACUUUGGAGAACAACGUUGGGACUGAAUUAUCAUUUAUUCUCCCCAAAGAGUACAUACACAGGUUUGAAGCUCUGUUUACUGCUCUGGAAAAGAGACAGAGAAAGCUGGGCAUUGCUAGCUUUGGUGUCUCUAUUACCACCAUGGAAGAGAUCUUCCUUAGGGUUGGUCACAUGGAAAGUUCACAAACAGAUAUUCAAGAUAAAAAGACUUCCUCCCAAAUGAACAAAUUCUCCAUCACGAACCAGGAUAGGAAUGUGUCAAGAAAUGUUAAGAGCAUAGAUUCUCCCACUCUGAAUGAAAGCCCUACUAUAAUAUUUAAUACCGGGUAUUCCCUCUACAACCAGCAGUUCCGUGCCAUGUUCAUAAAGAGGAUGAUGUUCAGUUGGCGCAACUGGAAACUCCUUUUGCUACAGAUACUGGGGCUCGUAGGUUGCUUUGCCUUUCUCUUAAGGGCUGGUAACACUUUGGAGAAUGAUAAUAUUAGGCAAAUGGAUUUGGGUCAAUACGGUCAAACCAUUGUGCCUUUUUCUAUUUCUGGGAAUUCUAAUUUGACUACAAAUCUCUUAAAACACCUUGAGAGUAUGCUAAAGUCUGACAACCAAAGGCUUAAGGAAGUGCAAGGUAACCUACCAACUUACUUGAGGACAAAUAGAGAAUGUAUUCAUUUAUGUAUUAUUGCACUUUCCAUUGAGGUGAAGGCAAAUGAAACACUAUUUACUGUUCUUUUCAACAAUGAAGCAUACCAUUCACCAUCUGUGUCCCUGGCAGUGUUAGACAACAUUCUUUUUAAGUCACUUUCUGGUGCUAAUGCUUCUUUAACAGUCUUCAAUAAACCUCAGCCACUCCCUGAUGAUAGGAAACACAGUAGAGGGUUUGCAUAUGGACAGCAGGUGGCCUUAAAUAUACAAUUUGGCAUGGCUUUUUUGAUCAGUGGCUUUUGUCUCCCGACAGUGGCUGAGAGAAUGACAAAAGCCAAGCACAUCCAGUUUCUGAGUGGGGUCUCUGUCUUUGCGUACUGGCUUUCUGCUCUAUUAUGGGAUUUCAUUAUCUUCUUCAUUAACUGCGGCUUACUACUGGUGAUGUUAAAGUACUACAAAUUUGAUAUCUAUGUCAUGGACUACCAUGCUCUGGAGACAAUGCUGAUCCUCACACUGUAUGGCUGGUCUGCCAUCCCCCUUGUGUACCUGAUGAGCUUCCUGUUCUCUGGAAGUACUUCUGCCUUCAUCAAACUUCUCCUGCUCAACUACUUUUCAGGCACUUUCGGUUUCAUCAUCAACAUCGCAUUAGAGAACCGAAUGCAAACCAGCAUGUCUAAUGCCACCAGAACCUUCCUACGUAAUUCAUUACUGCUCUUUCCCAAUUUCAACCUUGCAAAGUGCAUCAGUGACUAUACAAUUAUCUACCACCUGAAGAUGUUGUGCACCAGCCAGAAGGAUCUUCCUGUCUACGUAAAUUGUAGUAAAGAAAACACUAAGAAAAAUAUUUAUUCUUUGGAAGAGCAUAUGAUUGGAAAGUAUUUGAUUAUCAUGAGUAUCACGGGCUUUCUUUGCCUUCUCUUUAUUUUCCUUUGGGAGACUACUUUGUGGAGACUAAGAACAUUUCUCAAUCAGUACAUUUACUUUGGGAUAUACAAGCGAUACAAGAAGGAUAUAGUGUCCAAGGAAUUAUCUGGGCAAUCUGAAGAUGAAGAUGUACAAAAUGAAAGAAGGAGAAUCAUGGGGCAUCCUCAGGAGUUGCUGAAUUUCACAGUAUUUAUUAAGGAACUCAUAAAGAUUUAUUUUAACUGUCCAGUCAUUCUGGCUGUGAAAAAUAUCUCCCUUGCCAUCCAAAAGGGGGAGUGCUUUGGACUGCUUGGAUUCAAUGGAGCUGGAAAAACUAGUACUUUUCAAAUUUUGACUGGUGAGAAGAGUGCCACCUCUGGGGAUGUGUUCAUUGAUGGCUUUAGCAUCACCAAAAAUAUGCUAAAGGUAAAGUCGAGAAUUGGAUACUGUCCUCAAUUUGAUGCCUUGCUGGAAUACAUGACUGCUCGGGAAAUAAUGAUCAUGUAUGCCAGAUUAUGGGGAGUCUCUGAGCCCCAGAUUGAGCUGUAUGUGAACAAAUACUUGAACUCACUGGAACUGGAGUCUCAUGCUGACAGGCUUAUCAGCACCUACAGUGGAGGAAACAAACGAAGGCUAAGCACUGUUAUUGCCCUAAUGGGAAAGCCCUCAGUUAUCUUCCUGGAUGAGCCAUCAACUGGCAUGGACCCAGAAGCCCGACGCCUGCUCUGGAACACAGUGACGCAGACACGUGAUGGUGGAAAAGCCAUCAUUAUAUCUUCCCACAGUAUGGAGGAAUGUGAUGCCCUCUGCACCAGGCUGGCCAUCAUGGUACAGGGGAAGCUCAUGUGCCUUGGCAGCCCUCAGCACCUCAAGAACAAGUUUGGCAAUAUUUACACUCUGAAGGUCAAGGUCAAGACUGAGGAUAAAUUAGAGGAUCUUAAAAUUUUCAUUACAUUUAUAUUUCCAGGCAGUGUCUUAAAGCAUGAAAAUCAAGGGAUCCUUAACUAUUACAUUCCCAGCAAGGACAAUAGCUGGGCAAAGGUGUUUGGCAUUUUGGAGAAAGCUAAAGAGCAAUUUGAUUUAGAAGAUUAUUCCGUCAGUCAGAUAACACUGGAGCAAGUCUUCCUGACCUUUGUUAACCCAGAUAAUCAGCCAAAUAAUUAG